AUGAGUUCCUACGAUCCGGACCAUUACCGUCCUAUGAUAGACGCUAUCCUCAGCGUCGCCGACCUCGAGGAGAUUACAGUAAAGAGGAUAAGAAAUGCUCUCCAGGAGCUAUUCGCCGUGGACUUGCUUCCACACAAGGUAUGUAUAACCGAUUUGUUUUUGCUUUUAUCACUUGCUAACUUUCAGAAAGAAAUGAACAAUUAUAUCCUACAGCGGUACUAUAAGCUCCUAGAUGAAAAAGAUAAUCCGCCGGCAGAGACGAAAAAAGACGACGACGCCAAGGCAAAGAAGGAGCGAGAGUACCAGGACCAUUUGCUUGCCCAGAGGUUGCUGCGUUCUGAAAAUAAUAGACCCAUCACUCGGCGUGGUGCUACUCCGUCCAAGGUUGUAAAGAAGAAGACCCUGAAGAAAACAGGCAGAACGCCCAACACUGCGUUUAACCAGGAGCUUGUUCUUUCGCCACAGCUUCAGGAAGUUGUCAAGAGCGAGAGAUUGAGUCGACCACAGGUGGUUAAGCAGAUGUGGGCGUACAUCAAAUCGAAUAACCUUCAGGACCCUCUGGAUAAGAGAAAGAUACAUUGCGACGAGAAAUUGAAAAAUGUUUUCAAGAAGCUGCUGGUCGGAAUGUUCGAGAUGAACAAGAUUCUUGGCGAUCAUUUUUACAAGGACGGUGAGCUCUUGAAUGGCCAUAGCACUAAGCAAGAGCUGAACGAUGACGACGACGACAGCGACGAGGAAGAAGAACAAGACAAUGACACAAAACCGCCACCGCCGAGCCUAAAACGUGAAGUUGUCUCUGACGACGAAAGCGAGAUCAGCGAUAUGAUUCCAAAGCACGUGGAUCCUGGUCCUCGUUCAGACAGUCUCAAGCUGACUGUCGAGGAUCGGCUGCUUGAGAAUGUUGAUUUGAACAAGUUGUAUGAGCUGGUGCUCAAGGUUCUAUUGCUUGAGUAUAUAUGUGAGGCCAGGUUCUACCAGCCUAUCAGGACGAGCCCGUCACCAUCGAAGAAGGGUAGUGCUGAUAGAAGAUCGAGGUUUUCAAGGUUGGAAGCUGACUGUGCUCUACCUAGCUACUUGAUUGAGGACCUUAAGGUGAAGCUUAAUGGUGUGGCUAUGAAGAAGUCUAACUAUGAUGAUCUCACAAGACGUUCUUUGCUUCGACUUUAUGGCGAGAUGUUAGCGCCUUCUUUCAAGAAUGACGUGAAGAGAGCUAACAAUGUGGACAUUUUGGUGAUGAAGUUCGUUUCUGCUGCCAAUAAGGAAGUGCUUAAGGUGGGUCUGAUCCCGAACGAAGAAAUCAGUACCCGCGUGUUUCAGCAAACGGAUGAGUUUAUCAAGAUCAUAGCUUCCUUGAUUCAGAGGGAUAAGAACAGGGAUGCCUUGUUGGCGAAGUUAGAGGAACAUAAGGCCGCAUUGAAGCCUGCUCCGAAGUCGGACGCUGAUUCUAAGACAGCAGAAAACGUUCAGUACCUCGAGCCAUCGUGCCAGGUCUCCGAUAUGGAUCGUGCAUCUGUGAAUCUUGUCAUGGAAUUAUUUAAUAAGGACCAGGGCCAAAUCCAAUCAGACAUUUUGAGGUUGAAACCAACCGUUACCCAAAAGACACUUCAUAAAGACGUUGACCAAGCUCUUUUCUAUCUCGGAAAAGACAUUGGGAAAUGUUCUCCUAAGCAUUUCACUUCCCACGAAGCUUACGACCAGUGGAAGGAAAGAGAACACGGCUUUUGCCAGCAACUAUACAAGAAGUAUUCCGUACCUUCGUCGAUGAAACUUCUUCCUAAUCCCCCAUUACCAGCUGGUCUGGAGUUCUACAUCAUGCCAUCUUCAGCAAUGGUGACCAAUUACUACACUAUUUUGGCCAAGCUUUGCCUCUUGCAUCAUAAACAGAAGACCUCGAAUCCGAACUCAAUGCUUUUGGAAGAGGAUGUUCUGCUUCUUUCAAACAAAUCUAAGGAAAUUUUGCAGGCUUGUGGCAGAGUAUGGCGUAUUGAUUAUCCUACUAGGGCCAUAGGAUUGUUCAGUGCAGCUCAUUUAGCAGGAAUUCUUAUAGAUCCACUUUUCCAGAAGAACACCAAGGAAUUGGGACCCAUAGAUCUAGAAAUGUCCAAGAAGGUACUUUGUACGUGCAAGCAAUACGUUGGGUCUCAUGGCAAGCUCGACUGGGAAGAUAAGCUUUCUUGGAGUACUAAAGACCAAGAACAAUGGUCAAAGUACUUGGGCUAUACUUAUAGUGAGGUCCUCUAUGGCAUCAAAGACUGCCUCUCCAUCAUCAUGAGCAAGACAGUUAAGCCAAAGUUUGGUCCAUACUUGGCAUUCUUGGGUGACUUUGUCGAGUCCGAUGUUUUGUUUGAUCAGCUUCAGGCCUCUGGUGCCCCAAAGAAAUGGGAAAGAAAACUUACAAGAACACUUCUCAGAGUUUCUGAGGCGCUGUAUGCUGAAGUCCUCAGAACAUUGCCGAGAGACGAUUCAUUAAGCAUUAUGCAUAUCAUUGACAUUUCUGAAGCGCUCAUUGAGAACAUCAAAACCCUUCAGAAGCGUUACAAAAACCCUCUUCUUGGUUUCCUUAAUGUCAGCAGAACAUACGCCGCUGUUGUUACCGGCAUGUUCGCCUCGGAUGCCAAAAACAUAUUAAAGCAUAUUGCAGCUAACACGAAGGCCAAGGGCGAGUUCUUGAACUAUGGUGAUGCCUUGGAGGCAUACAAAACACUUAAAGAGAUCAGAAGCAUCCAUGGUCAAGUAUCCCCCUCAAAUGCCGUGUUCAGUUUUAAACUUGAAGACUUCUUUUAUCCACACUUGGAGGCUUGGGUCGCUGAAAGCAGCAACAAGAUUCGUGAUUUUGUUCUCAAGGCCAUAGAAGAAGAUCUGUUUGAACCUAUCGAUAUUGAGAAUGAUCAGAAGAAGUACAGUACUUCAGUCCACGAUAUCUUCACGCUUAUAAAGUAUUAUUUGCUGAUUCUCAAGAGCUUGGAAUGGCAGAAUAGAUUCCAAGUUGCAAAGGUCUAUACUUUAUUGAUGAAGAGUAUAUCCAAUUGUGCACUUUUGUAUUCCAGUCGGAUGAGCGAAAUGAUUAUGGAGGACUUGAAUGAAGAAGUUUUAGAAAAGACACCGGACGUUCCAGAGACCAAUGGAUGGUUUGCAGAAGUGAAAAGUAAGGUGGCAAGUUACAACCUCAAUAACUCAAAGGUUGAAGUUGAAGAGCCUUUUAAUUUCACAUCAAGAACAUGCAUUGGAUUAAACAACAUCGAUGCCUUGAUCACUCACUUGGGCAAGCUCGAAGAACUACUCAAUCCAGAGGAGGUAUCGCAGGUUAUGGCGAAACAUGAUCCCAGCUCUGGUCGCUCAUACACGAAUCAUAUCAUCUCGCUCAGAGUUGUCAAGGCUGAGGAGCUUAGGUCUUCACUGGAUAAAUCAAGCAUACGGCCUUAUUUGACUCUUGUGGAUACCAAAGCACGUAAGACGCUUGUGAAGACAAGAUCACUCGACGGAGAGAAUCCUGAAUGGGACGAAGAAGCGGAACUUACCCUUGCAGCCAAUUCGUCUUUGACAAUGUCUGCAACCGUUUGGGAGGAAAAAAUGGGAACGCACUCUGUUUGCGGCAGAGCCUUAAUGCAGUUGGAACCACGAAAGUUCAAGCAUGAUGGUAUUCCCCAAGAGAUAUUCCUUGACCUUGAUCCCCAGGGACGAGUCCAAAUAGAGAUUGCUGUUGAAAGUGAAAGGGAUGAUGCCAUAUUUGCAAUGGGGAGAGCUCAUAGAGCAUUGAAGAGAAGCGUUGAGCGUAUCACCAAGCUCAUUGUUGCAAAGUUUUCCAAGUUUAUCAAGCUUUGCUUCUCUCGUAAUUCCCUCAAGUCGGUCUGUGGAGCUAGCGGAAACGUGAAGCCGUCACAAGAGCAGAUGGAUGAUGCUAUGUUACCACUUUACAACUAUCUUAAUAUGAACUUGCUGGUCUUGGCCCAAUUUCUCACGAGGGACCUUUUGCAUAAGGUCAUGCUUGAAGCAUGGAACAUUGUUGUUGCUAGUGCUGAUGAGCUUUUGCUUCCAAAGCUUGCCAGUGCCAAAGCACUUCGCUUGGCUCAGCUCAAGAAGUUGAAAUCUGGAGGCAGCUCCGGUAACUUGAUGGCUUCUGGUUGGCAAUCUGCUGUGUCUUCUGCAAUGGCUAAUGUCACCAACUCCAUGAGCGUCCUUGGAUUCGGUAAGACUCUUACGAACAAUGAGAUCGAGACAGUUAUUGCAUGGCUUCACUUUCUUUGUCUCGACUUCUUCCAUAACGAAGGUAAUGGUCCAGCGGUUUAUGAUCUCAAGACCGAGCAAUACCAGUCGAUCUUGUUGAUUCCAGUAUACUAUGACAAAGAGUCUGGUUUCCUCAUACAUGAGGUAGAAAGGCUCUCGCCAGCUUACCUUCAGAUGCUUCGUGACAAAAACAAUGUGUUCAUCUCCAAUCAUCCUGAUGCAGACACCGCCAGUUUAAGAAGCAGAGCAGGCUCCAUUGCUCGAAGCCUGACCAUUCGUGCUAAUGCUACAGCACAGGCCAGAGCCCGUGCAGCCAAGGAAGCACGAGAACUUCUGUCAGACCCCUUGGUCGCUCAAACAUCAGCAGAGAACAUUAUUCUUCGACUCUUGCUCAUCAAAGAUGAGAAAGCAUUUGUCGCUAAAAGAGUAGAACAGAGAGAGAGAUUGGCUCAUACUAUUGCAACCGAGAGGCUUGCAAGAGCGGCAGCUGAAGGAACAUUAUUUAGAUAG